UUGCAGCGCACUUAUCACUUCUCACUGCGGAGUCCCCUCUGGAAUUUUUUUUAAAAAAAUUUUCCUCCAUAAAAAACGCACCCAAAAUCUUCAGAGCCGACAACUUGAAGAAUUUGAUCGCAGCUGCGAUUCUCCUCAAAUGGCUCGCGAAUCGAGGGUAGGGGACCAGGCGCUGCUCGUGUACCCGUCCGAGGAUGACGUGGCAGCCGGGCUCGCCGGGUACACGGCCAAGCUCUCGGAGGAGUUCGCCAAAGGGAGAGGGGCCUUCACCGUUGUUUUGUCUGGGGGGUAUCUCAUCAACUGUCUCAGAAAAUUGUUGGAGCCGCCAUAUGUGGAUGGUGUUGACUGGGGGAAAUGGCAUGUCUUCUGGGUGGAUGAGAGAGUAGUGCUGAAGACUGAUAAGGACAGUAAUUAUAAGCUUGCUUAUGAUGGCUUCUUGUCGAAGGUCCCUAUCCCAGAAAAUCAAGUGUAUGCCAUUAACGACACUCUAUCAGCAGAGGGUGCCGCUGAUGACUACGAAGAAUGUUUGAAGAAAUUGGUGAAAGCGGGUGUAAUCGAAGUUUCACCUACCAGCGGUUUUCCCCGGUUUGAUCUCAUGCUUCUCGGUAUGGGACCUGAUGGUCAUUUAGCUUCCCUUUUCCCUCACCAUCCUCUUCUCAAAGAGAAAAAGAGAUGGGUAACCUUCAUAAAGGACUCCCCAAAGCCGCCACCAGUUAGAAUAACUUUUACAUUUCCUGUGAUUGAUGCAUCGGCAUAUAUUGCAAUGGUGGUUGUGGGGAAUGGGGAAGUUGAAGCAGUUCGAAAGGCUCUGGGGCCACAUAAUGAUCAGUCUGAUCUGUUGCCUGUUCAAAUGGUGUCGCUUGAAAAUGGGGAGUUUACUUGGUUUACUGAUAAGGAAGCCACCUCAGAGCUGCCAGAUCUGCCAAAUCCGUGAACAACUGUGGAUGCUUCUCUAGUAUGGAGCCAUGAUCAGCGAUCUUAGAUUAAGCUCUUAAAUAAUCGCUCUUAAAUAAGGCGCAUAUUAUUGGCUAGUUAUAUAAAGUUUGGUGAGGUUAGAUGGCUUCACUAUAUAGUAAUGAGGGCUAUAUGAACUUCUUCAACCUUUUGAUGUCCUCUGGCAAAACUGCAAAAUUCAGGCAAUAAAAACUCAAGGUUGUGUUUCUGCCCA